UUAUUCUUAAAUCUUAUUAAUAGUGAAUGGUUGCGAAAUGUCACCAAUAUUUUUGGUAUUAACAAGUGUUGUUAUUUUACUUCUAUAUUAUUUUAUUGAGAAAUAUAAUGAGAGCUAUUGGAAGAAACGUGGAGUCAAGUUACAAGAUAAUUUUAAAUUGGGCAUUUUUGGGCAAUUUAUAGUUGGUAAAAGAUCCAUGUUUGAAUUAGUAUCAGAACUGUACGGAAAGUAUCGCAACGAACCAGCAGUGGGUUUGAGUGGUUCUCUUAAUCCUGCCCUAUUUGUAAUAGAUAAGACGAAUGUUCAACACGUUUUACAACAAGAUUUCCAAUCCUUUAAUCAUAGAGGAGUCGAUAUCAAUGAAGAUGAUCUUCUGGCAGACAAUAUACUGUUCAUGAAUGGAAACAGAUGGAAGCUAAUGAGGCAGAACAUGACUUCUAUGUUCACGAGCGCUAAAUUGAAGAAUAUGUACUAUAUAAUGAACAAGAGCGCUGUGGACUUCAUCGAAUACUUAAACAAAUAUCCAGAAAAAAUGAACGAGGAUAUUUUUGAACUGAUGUCGCAAUACUGCAGUGUCGCUAUCGGUGCGUCCGUGUUUGGAGUCACGAGUGAAUCUGUGUUUGAGUCACCAAUUUUAAAUACUACAAAAAUACUUUUUCGACAGAAUUUUAAGACUUAUGUUAAGUUUACUAUUUUUAACAUCAGUCCAUGGUUAGGAAAAAUAUUAGGUAUAAAAUUAUUUGGAGAAUACGAGGAUUUCUUUAUUGGUAUCAUAAAGAAACUUAUUCGGCAACGAGAGCAAGAGAAUAUGCAGAAACACGACUUUGCGGAUAAAGCGGUCAGUUUGCAAAGGAAAGGUACAAUGAUAGAUCGUAAUACAGGACUAGAGUUGGAACCGACUGAUGAAUUGCUCGCAGCACAAGCAUUCUUUUUUUUCAAUGCUGGAGUUGAGCCAAGCGCCACUGGUAUGUUGGGUGCCUUAUUUGAAUUGGGAAAGAAUCCUGAACACCUUAAACGAGUUCAUAAUGAAAUAGACGCCAUCUUUGAGAAAUACAAUGGUAAAUUGACUUAUGAAGCAGUGAUGGAAAUGCAAUAUUUAGAAAAUGUAUUAUCAGAAGCCCUGAGAAUGUACCCUCCGAUCGGAUUUUUAACUAGAAAAUGUGUUCGUGAUACAGUACUGCCGGUGGGUAAUAUACCAGUAAAGGAGGGCACUAAUAUAAUUACUCCUGUAUUUGAUAUACAUUAUGAUCCUGAAUAUUAUCCUAAUCCUACUGUGUUUGAUCCUACCAGGUUUGAAAAUGAUUCUCUACAGAGUAGCACUUUGUAUAUGCCUUUUGGAAAAGGUAAUAGGCUUUGUGUGGGUAUGAGAUAUGCGACACUUCAAGUGAAAACUGGUUUAGUACACAUACUUCGUAAUUUUACAGUUAAAUCAAAAGUUCUUGGCGACAAAAUUACAUAUAAGAAGGCACAAGUUCAAGUGAGACCUGGUAAUUUGGAUGUUAAACUUAUACCUAGACAACAUGUGUUAUCAUUGUUAUUUACAAAAUCGUCUCCUGAUAAAUGUAUAAAUACUCGUGUAUGUUACAAAUAUCGAACAUUUUUAUCUUCACGCUCCAAAGCAGUGGACGUAAACAAUAUGUUCUUACAAAUAUUAUUGUUAUAUAUAAUUGUUCUAAUAUUAUCCUUUUGUUAUGUAUACAUAAAGUAUAAUAAUUAUUGGAGCAAACGUGGAAUUAAAGUACAAAACGAUUACAAAUAUUUCGGCGUUAUUGGAGAAUUUAUAAUUGGUAAACGGCCAUUCUUUUUGUUGGUAUCGGAGUUUUACAAUAAGUUUCGCAAGGAUCCAGCUGUGGGCAUAGGUACCCUUUUCAGACCAACUGUGCUGGUAAUCGAUCCAACUAAUAUACAACAUGUUCUGCAAACGGACUUUCAAUCCUUCAGUGACAGAGGUCUCAAUAUGAACGAGAAUGACCAUCUAGCCGACAAUCUGUUAUUCAUGAAUGGUAAUAGAUGGAAGUUAAUGAGGCAGAAUAUGACUUCACUCUUCACAAGUGCUAAAUUAAAGAACAUGUUUUACAUACUGGACAAGAGUGCUGUAGACUUUAUAAAUUAUCUAAAGAAGAAUAAACAGAAACGGAAUGAGGAUACAUAUGAAUUGAUGCUACAGUUCUGCAGUGCUGCCAUAUGUGCUUCUGUUUUUGGAAUCGUAACAGAAUCGGUAUUUGAUUCGCCAUUCUUAGAGAUCGGCAAGAAAGCAUUCCGGUCUACGUUUAUGAUUAAUAUUAAGUUCACUAUUUUUAACUUCAGUCCGUGGCUAGCGAAACUACUUGGUAUAAAGAUUUUCGCAGAAUACGAGGAUUUUUUUAUCGGUGCCAUAAAAAAGAUUAUUCGUCAAAGAGAAAAAGAAAAUGUACAGAAGCACGACUUUGCUGAUAAAGCUGUGAGUUUGCAAAAACAAGGAACCAUGAUAGAUCGCGAUACUGGACUCAAAUUAGAACCGACUGAUGAACUGCUUGCAGGACAAGCAUUCUUUUUCUUUAAUGCGGGUGUAGAACCUAGUGCCACAGCGGUAUUUAGUACUUUAUAUGAACUAGGCAAACAUCCUGAAUACCUUCAACGAGUCCACGAUGAAAUAGAUACAACAUUUGGAAAAUAUAACGGAAAAUUGACUUACGAAGCAGUAAUGGAAAUGGAAUAUUUAGAAAACGUAUUAAACGAAAGCUUAAGAAUGCAUCCUCCAAUUGGAUUUUUAAAUAGAUUCUGUGUACGUGACACAGUACUACCUGUGGGUAAAAUACCAAUCGAAAAAGGCACCAGUGUAGUAGUUCCUAUAUACGAUCUUCAUCACGAUCCUGAAUAUUAUCCAAAUCCUGAUGUAUUUGAUCCAAAUAGGUUUGCAAAUGAGGGUCCUCAUAAUAAUAACACAUUUCUGUCAUUUGGAAAAGGCAAUAGGGUAUGCAUUGGUGUUAGAUUCGCAAGAUUGCAAGUGAAAACUGGUUUGAUAUAUUUACUUAGACAUUUUACAGUGAAAUCGAUUAUAAAUGGAGAUGCGAUUCAAUAUCGUAAAGAACAAGUUCAAGUGAGACCAACAAAUUUGGACGUCAAGCUUAUACCCAGAGAUGUAAAAAGUGGUUAAAGGAAUUCAAAACGAAAGAGAGUUAUAGUACAUAAAUUAUUACUUUUUAACCUCAUUGGCUUCGAUUGUAUAUACUCGUAUUUAUUUGAUGGUUCAGAUAUGCUUGUUUAUAUAACGUUAGCUUUUUCAAGAAUAUUGUUAAAUUUUGAUUUUUCUUAUUCCACCAACUUUUUUGCUUUAACCAUUGCAGAAACUCUUUUUUGUAUAUUGAAUAUUUAAAACGUUUUUAGCGUUUAUAAUUAUUGUUUGAAGUGUUUGUAUAAAAUAAAUAAUUACCGUACA